AUGAAGCAGAUCAUUGAGCAUACUACUGACCACCAGGAUGGCACGCAUGUUGCCGUUCUCUCAACCGAUAAGCCUGUAUCUCCUACGCUAGGUAUCGCCCUCAGCUCAGAUGAGAGGGAGCCCGCUCACCCCCAGCUUCUAUGGGGCAAGGUGAGAGAACACAUCCGCGACGGCGCUUCCGAGUUCUUCGGCACAAUGAUACUCGUUCUCUUUGGAGAUGGCGUUGUCGCACAGGUUACCCUGAGCCACGGCGAGAAAGGCGACUACCAGUCCAUCUCAUGGGGCUGGGGCCUCGGAGUCAUGCUCGGCGUCUAUGCCAGCGGUAUAUCAGGCUCACACAUCAACCCCGCCGUAACCCUCGCUAGCUGCAUCCUGCGCAAAUUCCCCUGGCGCAAAUUCCCCGUCUACCUCGUCGCCCAAGUCCUCGGCGCCAUGUGCGGCGCAGCAAUUGUCUAUGGCAACUACAAAUCCGCCAUCGACGUCUAUGAAGGCGGCCCAGGCAUCCGAACUGUCCCGGGCUACUCUCCCACCGCAACGGCCGGAAUCUUCUGCACUUACCCAGCCGCCUUCAUGACCCGGACGGGCCAAUUCUUCUCCGAGUUCAUCGCCAGCGCCAUCCUCAUGUUUAUGAUCUUCGCCCUGAAAGAUGAUACCAACCUCGGCGCCGGUCCCCUCACACCCCUCGCCCUGUUCUUCGUUGUCUUCGGCAUCGGUGCCUGCUUCGGUUGGGAGACCGGAUACGCCAUAAACCUGGCCCGGGACUUCGGGCCCCGUUUACUAACCUAUAUGCUCGGGUAUGGUCCACAUGUCUGGACUGCUGGUAAUUAUUACUUCUGGGUCCCCAUCAUCGCCCCUUUCCUUGGGUGUACCUUCGGCGGCUGGAUCUACGACAUGUUCCUCUAUACCGGAACCGAAAGCCCGAUCAAUACACUCUACAUCGGUCUCCGGAGACUCAUCACACCCCUACGUCCAAAGCACCACAACUCGGCAAGUCAUUAA